CUUAAUUCUCCACUGGGCAGAACGUGCUGCAACACCUAUCCUCAGCAAAAGGCGCGAAGAGUACGCAGACGGCGCCAGCCGACGAAAAAGAGAUCGCCGGAGCCCGGAGGUGGAUGCCCUGCUCUGCUCGUCGAUAUCACGUUGCUUUGGAACUCUAUCAAGUUUCCGUUUUUCUCAUGGAAGAAUCAGCUUGUUGAACUUGAUCAAACAUCUUUUCUGUCAUGGAGGAAGCAACCGAGAUGGAAGAACAUGCCAACACAGCCCACCAGGAUUCCGAUUCCAAUAGAGUUGUAUUGCCUAGUUUGGUACCUUAUGUUGGCAUGGAAUUUAGAAGCUCAGAUGAGGCUUGGUCAUAUUGGCUUAGCUACGGUGGGCAGAAAGGCUUUGAGGUUAGGAAAAGGUAUACUAACAAAAGUUCAGCCGAAGGCAAGGUUACAUCAUGUAAAUUUGUUUGUGCAAAUGAGGGUCAGCGAGCACAAGACAAAAGGGAUCAUUUGACAGAGUGCCCUCGAGCUGAAACUAGAACCAAUUGUGAAGUGCACAUGAAGCUUAAAAUGGACCGGAAGAAGGGAAAUCUCAAAGUGUCGGAGCUGGUUUUGGAACACAACCACACACUACACCUAGCAGAAACCUUACACUUAAUGGUGUCACAAAGAAAAAUUUCAGAGUUACAAGCUUUUGAAAUUGCAACAGCAGAUGAUGCGGGAAUUGGGCCAAAAGCCGCACAUGAGUUGGCUAGUCGCCAAGUUGGUGGACCACUCAAUCUUAGUUAUACCCUCCGUGAUCACAAGAACCAUUUGCGGACCAAGCGCCAACGAGAAAUGGCAUAUGGCCAAGCGGGUAGCAUGCUUAAGUAUUUUCAAGACAAAAUUGCUGAAAACCCAUCUUUCCAAUAUGCAUUGCAAAUGGACUGUGAAGAACAAAUAGCGACCAUAUUCUGGGCUGAUGCUAGAAUGAUCAUGGACUAUGCACAUUUUGGUGAUGUUGUUAGUUUUGACACUACUUUUGGAACAAACAAGGAGAGUAGGCCCUUUGGUGUCUUUGUCGGAUUCAAUCACUUUGGCGCUGGACAAAGGAAGCACGAAGUGGAACUGUACAAGACAAACAAGGAAGAAAUAUCGUCUUAAAUCCGAAUAUGGAUGCCAUGCUUAGCUACAAAUAUAUCUCCCACAAAUUGCAUAAUUUGGCAGAUCGAGCAGCCUACUUUCCGGAAUGUGUCGUGUUAGUAGACAACACACAUGACAUCCUUGGUAAGCAAAUUGAAGAAAAAAUUAAUGCAUGUGCAAGCACAUUGGGGUAUCCGUGUACAAUUCCGAUAGAUGCUAGCCCAUCAAAUGACUUGUUGACUAAUGCACGUCUAAAGAAAAAGGAGGUCCAAACAAAGAGUUCAAAACGGAUUUUUUUUGGCUCGAUAAGAAGCACAAGGCUAGGAAAAAGAGAGAAAGCAGAGCUACAUCACAGUUGGGUGAAGAGGUAUGUUGAUAAACAAUACAAUGCUUUCGGUGUUAUCAUUAUGUUCAUUAAUUCUCACAGCCUCCAAUUUUCUUUCACAACAAGAUGCAGGAGGUCGGGGAAGUGGCAGGUGGUGGUGGUGCACAAGUUACAAAUGAUAAGAGUUUAUAGGGAUAAUGCAGAGGUGCCUGAAGGUUACAAGACCAACCUUAGCUUCACUCAGUUGCUGAUGGGGCCAAUUACAGAUGAUCUUUUCACUGGGUCAUGGUGAAGUACUGUUGUUUUUGGGCAAAUGAAUAAGAGGGCAUUGGUGUGCAAGUUCAAUUCUGGGCAACACUACUUGACAUUGAGUUCAGUCCAAGUUCAGUUCUAGACAACAUUUUGCCAUUCGCUUCAGUCUAAUUAUGCACAUGUACAAGUCGAACUUCUGUACAAGUAGAAAUUAAAAUGCUCAAUCUCCAGCCAUAUCUCCCAGAGAUAUGUUUUGGCAUCUAUUUUGCUCAAUCUCAG